UAUAAUUUAAUUUUUCCAAAAACUAUUUACUUAUAAAUUUAUUUAAUUUAGUUAUUUCAAAAUCUAAAACUAGGCCCAAAUACAAUUGAAUUGAGCUAGGCCAAAUCCAAUUACAUUCUCUAAACCUAUCUUCUUCCUACUCUCUUCGACAAAACCUAUCUUCUUCUUACUCUCUUCCACGAAACCCUAAAACCGCAUAACUCAUCUCCUCUCAUUCUCUCUUCUCUAUCUCUCUUCUCAGUCUCUCUUCUCAAUCGUCAUUCUCUCUUCUCAGUCUCUCUUCUCAAUCAUCACACGAUGCCUAAUCGAGGAAGAAAGAGAAAACUUGUUCGUAAUGUUUCUCAGAUUCUCGGAGGGUCAAGACUACGGCCUACCAAUCUACCCAGUCAGUACGACUUCACGCCGGCAGUCCAAGCUCCUCCUCCGCAGCAGACACCUGAAGAAGAAGUCCCCAUUUUGCCACGACAACCAACGCAAUCCCAGAUCCGGGACUAUCCUCCGCCUCAACAACUAUUUCAGGACUCCUUUACUCGCCAACCUCAACCUCAAGUACGCCGGUCUCCUUCAGAAGAAGUUAACUACAAUCCAGCAACUCAUGCAACUCUUCAAGAUGACCCUCCGCCUUCUCCAGUUCAACUCUCUCAGACUCGUAGUCAUCCAUCGCAUCCAUCGUCUCAAGGCAAAAACUUCGAAGAAGAAACUGCUGCGGUGUUGCCGGAACUCCAAGAGGACGUGGCUCAGGCUCUAAAUGCCCUGCUUCUGGUACCAAACAGGGAUAAGUUCACCACGGUCCUCUCUCCCACACCCAUACCGAACACCCAAUGGUUUACUCGCGACAAAGGAUCGAAACUUGUUCGGAAGAUUACUAAAAUUCUUCUAAACAAAUACGAAGGUCCCUUCUACAGCUGGACAUGUUUGCCGCGGGAAAAAAAAGAGAGAUACUUCCUUGAGUUCACGAAAACCCACACUUGGGAUCCUUUGAUAACUGGGACUGUUCAGGCUUAUUUUGAGGAAAUCAGUCAAAAGCGGAUCAAAGACAUGGUUAGCACUGUGAGGACUAGUCGAGUUCAACCAAACUGGAUUGGAAACACUCUCUGGAGAACGAUGGAGGAUUACUAGGACACUGAAGAAGCACAACAAAAGAGUAAAACCUACUCUGAUGCCCGUAUGUCUGAACAUAACGGCCUAGGUCCUCACGUCCACCUCUCAGGGCCAAAGUCAUAUCAACAGCUUCAAGACGAAAUGGUUGAGGAAUUGGGAAGAGAAGUCCGACUUGGUGAGGUUUUUAUCAAGGCACAUACAAAGCCUGAUGGUACAUAUGUUGAUCGGAAGGCAGAGAAGAUUGCAGAAACAUAUGAGAAGACUGUUCAAGAAAGGUUGUCUCAGCUCGAGGCGGAGUCUUUUGCUGUGUCAGAUGGAGAAUCACGGCCACGGGACCUCACAACAGAAGAAUAUACAUAAAUUUUCCUUGAGUCCACUGAGAAGGAUUCAAGAGGAACACCUUAUGGAGUUGGAAGCCUCAAGGACUGCCUUGUCAAUGGAAAGCACAAGCAAGCAUGUGGCUCUUCUACCUUUGUGGCUCUCGAAGAACAGUUAAAGAAAGCUCAACGCAUGAUAGAAGAACAGGCUGCUCAACUGCAGUGGCGUGAUGCAGAAAUUGCUGCGCGUGAAGCUGAGCAAUCCAAAGUUAUUGCUGCCCAGAAGGACAAGAUUGACCAAUUCUCCGUCGUGGAGGAGUUUCUGAGGGAAUGUGAUCCGCCAUUUCAGAAUUUCGUUGCAAGCCAUUCAGCUAAAGAGACAACCACAUAACCUCUUCCCCAAAAUGACCCAACUCCAACUCCAUCAACAUCUGCUUAAUAGGUUACUCUGUCUUAACUCUUUUUGGAUGAACUCAAUCUCACUCUUUUCGGAUGAACUCUAUCUCUUCUUUUGGAUGACCUAUAUCACUCUUUUUUGGAUGAACUCAUUCCCACU